CCGAGCGCGGGGUGCGCGGCGCGGGGCAAGAUGAGCCUGCUGUCAGCCAUCGACACGAGCGCCGCGUCCGUGUACCAGCCCGCGCAGCUGCUCAACUGGGUCUAUCUGUCGCUGCAAGACACGCACCAGGCCAGCGCCUUCGACGCCUUCCGCCCCGAGCCCGCCUCGUCCCAGCACCCCGAGCUCGGCUACGGCAAGGGCGGCGCGGAGCUCGGCUCCUCGCUCAGCUCCAGCUAUCUCAACAGCUGGUUCCAGCUGCAGAGGUCAUCUGCGCUGAGUAGCAGUUUGUACAAGAGUGCAUCACCCUAUGGCUCCCUUAAUAACAUAGUGGAUGGGCUAAGCUCUCUUACUGAGCAUUUCUCUGACCUAUCCCUCUCCUCUGAAGCCAGAAAACCCAGUAAGAGGCCACCUCCUAACUACCUGUGUCACCUCUGUUUCAACAAGGGACACUACAUCAAAGACUGCCCCCAGGCUCGUCCAAAGGGAGAAGGCCUGACUCCAUACCAGGGCAAGAAACGCUGCUUUGGUGAAUACAAAUGCCCCAAAUGCAAGAGAAAAUGGAUGAGUGGAAACUCCUGGGCUAACAUGGGACAAGAAUGUAUCAAGUGUCACAUCAAUGUUUAUCCUCACAAACAGAGACCCCUGGAAAAGCCAGAUGGGCUGGAUGUUUCCGAUCAGAGCAAAGAGCAUCCUCAGCAUCUGUGUGAGAAGUGCAAAGUUUUGGGCUACUACUGCCGUCGUGUGCAAUAAACCUGCAAAGGGGGCCUCUUCCCAUCCCUGUCAUCCUGUGAGAUCUUCUGGCAGCACACAAUGAGCAGCAACACAAAAAAUAAGCAAAAGCUAAAAAAUUGCCAAUAAUGCCUAUAAACUAAUAAUAUGCCUUACCAUUAAUAGAAUGUAACACUUCUCCUGUGUAUGUGUAUACAUCAAAGACAUAUUUAUAGGACUAUGGUGUGUUUUUAUAUAAAUAUUAUAUAUUAUAUAUAUAUAAAAAAAUCAAACAGUGUUACUGACAGUGUUACAAUGGAACCACUGCUGUGGUUUUCUGUUGAUUGUUUACACAGUUCCUCUAUCAUGUCCAGGUGAAAUGAAGUAAAGUGCUAUUUGUUAGGCACGGCAUAAUGUUCAUAGGGGAGUACACAUUUUGAAUGGUUUGUGCAGGAAUUAAGUAAAAGCAAGGCCACUAAUUGAAAGCAUGUAUCAAUACCCCAAACAUUAUUCUUAUUAUACAACAAGAUAAAGGAGGAUUCAACAAGCCAUAGCAUUAAAGAAGGGAAACUAUCAUGUUUUCUUGCUUCAGAAGGUUUGAGAGUUCUGUGCUGCUGCUUUCUUGGACUUCCCAUUAGUUAACACAACUUGAGCAGGACUUAAAUUAAAUCAUUUUUGGAGGGUGUGACAAAUAAAGUGAGUAACUGUUUGAGGGAGUGGCUUCCGUGGCAGAAAUGGAACAUUAUAAUUGGACAUGGAGCAUCAAUAAGAAUUCCAGCAUAGAGAGAGGGAUAAGGUUGGCUUGCUUCAGGCUCUGACAGACUGAAAUCCUUCUCUUGUCAUAUAAUUUCUUUUAAAUAGACCCCUUAUGCAUAUUUGCUAUUCAUUAGAUCAAAAGCAUACUAAAUUUACUGUGAAUAAUGGGGGAUAAGAAUGACUUCAUCCCUAACCCGCAAUUAAGAGAGACUAGCCAGACUUACUAUUUAUACUAGCUCUAAAGCCACUUUUUGGAAAUAUUGUCCUGUUUUCUACUGUAGAAAUUUGUUGUUAAUAUCAAAGUUUGUAUGGAUGUAGCCACAAAGGGAUCUUUCUUGUUUUCUGUCUUCCUAAAAUAUCUACAACAGCUUUGGGAGAAUAAACUGUUGAAUUUGGUUGUCCCAUUUCAGCUAAAAGGAACUUUGUGCUAAACCAUCCCAUUACAAACUAAAAAUAUAUCAUCAGGGAUUGGAGUAUGUCACAAAAUGAACAGUAUCCUGCUUAUAUAUAUAUAUAUAUAUAUAGUUAAGAGCAGAUCUGCAAAAGAACACAACAUGUAAGGCUUGAAUAUGUCAUUCACUUUUGUAGAAAAGCUACAGGGCAAUUCUUUUUAUUCAACUGUUUUUAUGAUAUUUUCUUCAAAAGGAUGGACUUGUAUGUUUGGUGGAGAUGUUUUAAAUUUUAAACACUUGCACCAAGUUGAAUGGGGGCAAAGUUAAGCUGAACAGAUCUACAUAAGAGUGAUCUCAUACCAAGUUACAUAGGGAUGUGCUCAGUGUGUAGAGUUGGACUCUUAUAAGUAGAGGUCUACCUAAAUCACAGGGGUACUUACCAAUUUUCACAGGUUGACUGCAGCAUAAAGUCUUAAUUUAUCAGUCAUGGGGCAGCCACCCCUCAGCACUGAUUGGUGGAGAGGUCCUGGUGGUGGGGAGGAGACACAAGGGGGGCAGCCACCACCUUAUCUGCUGCCCUUCAUGCUGUCCCACCAAUCAGCACCUUCCCUUCCUAACAACGAGGGCCGCUGGCUCCCCCACUGGGGAGUCAGCACUUUAUUUUUAUUAAGUUUUUUUGUUGUUAUUGAUUUUCAAGGACAAUCCCAGGUUUUGCAGUUUCUGCGAAAUCUGUGAAACCACAAAUUAAGUAGGUCCCUACUUAUAAAGCAAACUGAAGACUUGUAGUGAGCAUUCCUCUAUGAAAUGUGAAUGUCUUGACAAAUUUGAUACAGGAUGAAAUGUUUGCCAUUUCUAUGCUCUGUUGUGAACAAAGCAAAAUAUUUCCAAGGCAAAAAUGAUAAUGCUGAUGGUGGCAAACUUCAUAUGCAUAUUAUGCAGACUUUACCAUCUAUGGGUAGCCUGGUAAUUCCAGUUGUGUAGCCUGCUGGUUUAGGGAAAAGGGCUGGCUGGGAGUUAGGAUGUGUUGAUUUUGUCUGGUUCCACCAGCUUGACAUUGCACAAGUCACUGAAACUCUCUGUGCCUCAGUUUCUCUAACUGCAAAAUGAGGAUAAUAAUACUUAGCAUACCUACCUCACAGGGGGUGUUGUGAGGCUUGAUAAAUACUUAUAAAGCGUUUUGACAUCAGUGGAUGAAAAGCGCUUUUGAAUUUAAAAACAUACUAUUAAGUUAAACACUUUAUAAUUCUUUUGACCAGGAAUCAGUUCCUUAAAUUAAAAUAAACUAAAAAACUGUGACUGAAAUUGGAGACUAAUCAUGGAUAACAAUUGCCACUGUGUAGUCGGCUAGUUAACAUUUUCAAGCAGAAAUGCAUUCUUAACUGAAGAUAGAAAAUACAUUUAAGAACCAAUGGUGCCAACAAAGCUACUAAAUUUGCCCAUGCAAGAAAAAAAAAAAUGUGUGCAAACCAGUUUAAAGGUGAAUUUUGAAAACUUGACCCUCAGUAUUCCCCCUUAAAUGUUACUUGUCUAGCUUCAGUAUAAUAUUGCUAUAUAUUUAGCUUAUGAACUUGUAGGGUAUGGUUUAAACGAAGACUCCCAACCACCUAAUGUGGCUUUAAUGCAACUAACAUGCGUAUGUACAGAAUAGUAGAAGUAAAAUACUUUUAUCAUCAUGUUUUCCUAGACAUUAUAAAUGUAAACACAUCCAUUUGUUACUACUCAAUGAGCAUAUUUGGACUAAUCAUGGAGAGAAUUAAUCUUCCUAUCCACUUAAUGCUGGAGAAGAGGGACCUAAAAGCAGGUAGAGAAAGAGCCAAGGGCAUGAUAAAGCAGGAAGCAUCACUCCUGUGGUCUGCUCUCCAUUCCCAGUAUUCAUCAACCCACUCCCAGCAAAAGUUAAAACCAUCUGACGGGGGCUCCACAAAGAUAUGGGUUGGGAACAGUGGGCAGAAGAGGAGAGCAGCCGCAUCUUACAGUACAUGUGCCUCUCUGAGCCUUGAAGCAGUAUUAAUUCUGUUUGUAUUUUUUAUAUCCAUGUCAGGAAUGGAAAGCAAGGGAUAAGGUCAAAACCAUGGGAUGCGGAGGGAGGAUGAGUAGGAUGAAGCACUAGGGAAGUGAAAGAAGUCUGUUCACAGUCCUUACUUACAUACUUUCACAAGUAUUGCUUCAGUGUCUUUAGUGGUAUCCAGGCUGCACUCCCUCCCUCUUCAUGGCUGAAACGUGCUUGUUUCCAAGGAAAUGAUGUAAAGGAAAGUCCACAGAUCCAGAAUGUAGAUUUCCAUAUUGUACUUCCCCUAGACCACUCCUGUAGUGGGUUUGUGACUGGGGAAAGUUUUUUGAUACCAUAGGUAUUUAUUUACCCUGUAUCUUUAAAGUUUAUGAAUUUAUAUGUCAUCAUUGGAAACACAUGUUAGUGUUAAUGACCCACAAUAAUGUAUACUUAUUAAUGUUUAAAAAAGGCAUUCGAUAGAAUUGUUCACAAUGUUUUAAAUUUCAGUUUACAAAUACACAAACACACAUUUUCUGUUAUAUAUUUUCAGAAGAGAUUAAUUUUUCCAUUUUUUUUUUGUUUAGAAUAUAAUCUUUUUGCCCCAGGUACGGAGCUGGCUGAAAUUUCUGAGCAGCAAUAAACCAGAAUGAGGAUUUUUCCUCCAAUUUUCAUGAAAACAUUCUAAUAGUAUUUUGACCAGCUCCAGUAUCAUCAAAUGUAUCAUCAAAUGAUAUUCCAUGGAUGGAUUUUAGCCUUCUUAGUCAACAUCAAAAGCAAUUUUUAGUCCAAAUAAUUUUAAUUAUUAUACAUUAAAAUAUAUACCCAUUGAGAGAUGCAUACAUAAGAGGAGCUUGGCUGUACAGAUGUAUUUUGGACGCUUAAAUUUUAAACAUUGUCAGUCUGUUACCAUCUACCUGUGAACCAAGCUGUUCACCACAUAAUGCUUCUUGUUCCUUCUGGAGAUUGCUAACAAUGUUUUGUUUUUUUCAUAUGUAAAUCAUUAUUUUUUAUUUCCUUCAGUCAAUCAGAACCUUUCAUAUAUAUCCUGCCAUCUGCAUUGCUACUCCUCAGGAAAAGAAGAUUAAUCAGUGGUUUGAAAUACAUGUACAGGGCAGCUACUAAGCCAUUUUACUUUGGUGUAGCUCCACUAAAGCUGUGGGACUAUUUCAGUUCUCACCACUGAGGGUUAAGCUUCAUACUUAAAAUCAUGGCCCCUUUUUAUCCAGUUUUCUCUGCUGCUACCAUGAACAGAAAAUACAGUAUGAUGCCACAUGAGCAAAAUUUUGAGGCCUUUUUGUCUCAAAACUGCUUUUUAAUUUCAGAUAAAUACACAUGGGAUAUAUAUUAUUUUUUAAAAUAAGUGUAUUUUAAAGUUCCCCAUUAUAUGGGAUCUACUUUGUAAACUAAAAUGUGAAGUUAUAUCUGAGAGAGGCCUUAUGUAGAGAAAUAAUCUCUAUAUUUUACCCUUUUGCACAACAUGGAAUGACUUUUCAAGGUAUAGCCAUUAUUCUAAAAAUAGAACUACUUAAAACAAUAAAAGCAAGUUAAUAUCAUUUGAAAGUGUUAGAAUAAAUAAUUAGUUCUCUACAUCCUGCAGUUAAAUAGAAUAUAUUUUUGUAUUCUAAGCACUAACCAAUGAAUAGCCUGCAAUAAGUCAUUAGUAUACAAACAUUGUUAAAAUUAGGUGAAUUGAUAUAAGUCUUUCACAUGUUUCUGUCAACAUAAUUAGAAAUAAGACAAAAUGUUCCCCCAUACAAAGUCCUUCUUUAAGAUGUCACUCCACUCCUAGUUGGAUUUCUGCAUAUAUCUGUUUUCUAUCAGCAAAAAAUCAUUGCUGUCCAUAAAAGUUGCUGGAAUGCUGAAGUGCUCAGAGGGCUGAUUGAGAUCUUAGAUGUAGGGAUGAUGGUUUGUGUUUUUAGGAUAAAUUUAAAAGGGACAAUCGUGUGCAGUUACUAGAUAUAAAUGACUGAUAUAAAUGUUUACCCCGUAUGACGUAUUUUACAGUUUUACUUGCAGAUGUGUAUUUAUCUUGAGUUAUACUUGACAUAGAGUUCCUUUCAGUUUUUUGUUUUUCUUUUUGUUUGUUUUUAAUACUAUGUGUGUAUUUUGGAAACCUUUUUAGAUGUUAAAAUUUUUGAAUGGUUACAAAUAUUUCUUGUCAUACUGAAUUGUUAUCUUAUCUGGAAACUCUGCAGUAACAAUUUUUUUGUAUAUAUUUGAGGGCCUUUUUUAAAAAAGAAUGGUUUGUUUUUUGAAAAAAAGUUUUUACAACUUGGAAGCUUUCAAAAGGGCCUUGCUUUCAACUAGAAUACUAACAGAGGUAAGAAUUUUCUUAAGUAUUUUGCAAAACUAAGGUUGUACCCUCAAGAAAAUAUUUAUGGAAGUAAUUUACAUUUGUUUUUUACAAUGCUUUUGUCUGUAUAAAGUAUGCAACAGAACUACAUUAAAAAGGAAAUAUUGUCUACAUAGAAUAUUAUAUGAAAGUUGGUACAUAAUUCUGACAAAAACCCUUGCAAUCCUUUAAGCCAUAUUGUUUUUUUUUCUCCUUGGAUGAAAAUAUCAGUAUUAAUUAACCAAUAUAUUAUUCAAGUGCUUAGACUUAUAUUAAUAUUCAUUUGCAGUUUAUUUAUAUGUGUAUUUUGGGAAGUAUUGCCUCUAGGAAAAGCUAUACUUAGAUGUUUUAGUAAGUAAGAAUCAGAUUAGAGUAUACUAUCAUUUUAAGAACUUGUGAGACACGGUGAAAAGCUGAAAGCACAGUAAAGAUUCAGCUUUCAGAAAUUCUGGAACACAAAUAUUCAGUUUUGUAUUGCAUUUUUUUCAUAAUGGGAGGGGGAUA